GACAAACCCCAAGCCAACCACAAAUUUAUCACCCCUGUAAUAGACUGCAAUAAUUUCUUAAUUGUUUUUGUUUGUUUUUUUCUUUUGGCAAGGGCGUUUUUGGUGCAAGUGUAUCCCUAAAGGGCGGGAAAGUAAUUAAAGGCCAUCAAUUUUGGCGCUAAGUAUUAGACAAAGAAGGUUGAAUAGUUCGAUUUCUAGGUUUUGGUAUAAGGUGAGAAAAGGGGCAGAGAAAUAGUAAAAAUGGCAAAAGUUGGAGCUGAAUCGGUGGAGGAGCUACCUAAAGCUAUUGUACGAAGAUUGGUGAAGGAGAAACUCUCAGAGUCAGAUGCUGGAGAUCUCCAGAUUCAUAAAGAAGCUAUCCUCGCUUUCGGUGAGAGUGCUAGAAUCUUCAUCCAUUACCUGUCUGCUACGGCAAACGAUGUAUGCAAGGAGUCAAAGAGGCAAACAAUCAAUGCCGAAGAUAUUUUCAAAGCACUGGAAGAGAUUGAAUUUCAAGAGUUCAUUGAACCUCUCAAAGCCUCUUUAGAUGACUUUAAAAGAAAAAAUGCUGGAAAGAAAGCUGGAGCAGCGAAGGCAAAGGAAGCAGAUAAGAAAAGGAAAAUGGCCCAAUCUGAGGUGGAAAAAGAACCUUCAACGGCAAAGGCAAAGGAAAUUGGAGCAGAUAAGAAAAGGAAGAAGGUCCAACCAGAGGUGGAAGAAGAACCUUCAGCACAUAACGAAGAUCAAGAGGAUGACGAAGAAGCUGAUGAAGAAGGAAACGAAAAAGAAGAUGAGGAAGAAGCUGAUGAAGAUGAACAGGAGGAAGAGGCGGAUGAAGACGGAGACGAUCAAGAAGAGGGAGACAUUAAUGACAAAGAAGAUGAGGAAGAAGCUGAUGAAGAGGACAAUUCUGAGAGCGCAUAAUCAUUUAUUUUUCGUCAUUUUUUCACGCAUCCCUCUUAAGUCCUAACUAUCGCAACCUUGGACAAUUUUGUUUUGGUCUGCAUUUGCAACCUCAGUAUUUAUCAAUCAAAAUAGGCAGUUUAAUUCAACAACCUAAUGAAUGGGUUCCCCAA